AUGUCAUUGCGUAUGCUCGUUGCGCUGUGCGUGCGUGAAUGCAUGUCUUCCUAUCACUCCCAUCUCAAUACUUUCCAUACACAAGCGUACAUACCACACAGAAAGAAGGGGAAAGAGAGAGAAAGACAAAGAGCGCCUUCCUCCCCUCCUUCAUUCCUCUUACGGCUUACAACCGACUGCCAUUCCGAAAAAAGUUCGCAAUUAAAGAAGCAGCGAUGA